AGGGAGUGAUAUGUGUUAGUUGUAUGGACUGACUAUAGGCUCAAUGGAUGCAAAUGCACUGAAUUAUGUGAUGCUGUUGUUGUAGUAGUGGUUGAGUGAGUGGUCAAUACAAUAGCCAUUGAAGUGUGUGUUGUUUGGCAUUGAAGUGUCCAUCCACUGACACAUCGGUGACCACUGAAGACAGUAGUGUUGAGUGUUUGAUGGCUGACACCCAGACCGCCAAAUACGGCCACAGAAUGGAGGAGGAAGGCAUGCAAGACAAAGAACGGUUCGCCAGGGAAAAUCACAGCGAAAUAGAGAGAAGGCGUCGGAAUAAGAUGACCGCAUAUAUCACUGAAUUGUCUGAUAUGGUGCCCACUUGUAGUGCAUUGGCCCGCAAACCAGACAAACUCACCAUUCUUAGGAUGGCUGUCGCGCACAUGAAGUCCUUGAGAGGAACGGGCAAUACUAGUAGUGACGGCACAUAUAAGCCAUCGUUUCUAACUGAUCAAGAACUCAAACAUUUAAUACUUGAAGCUGCCGAUGGCUUUCUGUUUGUGGUGGCCUGUGAUACGGGACGUAUCAUAUAUGUGUCCGAUUCGGUCACACCUGUUCUCAAUCACUCUCAGACUGAUUUUUUCAAUUCAUGUGUUUAUGACAUAAUACAUAACGAAGACGUCGAUAAAGUUAGAGAACAGCUCUCAACACAAGAAUCUCCAAAUUCGGGACGAAUUCUUGAUUUGAAAACGGGAACUGUUAAGAAAGAAGGCCAUCAGUCAUCGAUGCGAUUAUGUAUGGGUUCGAGGCGUGGCUUCAUAUGUCGUAUGAAGAUCGGGAACGUCCAACCGGACAGCAUAUCCCCGAGUCAUAUACACCGUAUGAGACAACGCAACAGUUUAGGCCAUUCACCGGACGGCAACUCGUAUGCCGUGGUUCACUGCACCGGAUAUAUCAAGAACUGGCCGCCAACUGGCGUUCAAAUGGAUCGCUUAGAUAGUGACGAAGGACACGGAGGUUCUCAUUGUUGUCUCGUUGCCAUCGGAAGACUUCAAGUGACGUCAACACCAAACACCAGUGACCUAAUGGGAUCCAAUUCCAACAAUGAGUUCAUUUCGAGACAUAGUAUGGACGGCAAGUUUACUUUCGUUGACCAACGCGUCUCUGCUAUCCUCGGGUAUCAGCCGCAAGAACUUCUGGGGAAGACUUGUUUCGAUUACUUCCAUCCGGAGGACCAAAACCAUAUGAAAGAGAGCUUCGAACAGGUGCUCAAACUUAAGGGUCAGGUUAUGUCUGUUAUGUAUCGGUUCCGGGCAAAGAACUGCGAUUGGGUUUGGCUGAGGACCAGUAGUUUUGCUUUCCUUAAUCCAUACACCAAUGAUGUGGAAUAUAUUGUUUGCACAAAUACUUCAGCCAAAAGUUUGCACCACACGAAUGCACCUGAAAUGGGCGCCGACCCACAGAACACAGCGAACGCCAACUCUAAUAUCAGUCAUCAAUACCAGACUCAUUCCAUGUCAGGCGUUGGUAUCAUUUCGGGACAAUCAGCAAAACACGAGGGAUUGGACUAUAGUUUGCAGCGUUCGGCUACUGAUGUCUACUCGUCAAUGAUGCCGACGCGCACUCAUAUCCAAAACCAAACGCUAACCGAUCGACGAACUGGUGGUGAAAAUCAAUGGCUCAUCCGCUCCCAACCCACACUCACAACAGAUGAACAAAACUGGGACUUCGGGUACAUCUACUUCUCCACCACAAAGCACUUGGACUCCAAGACAUUUGAAUCGAGUAAGUUUCCCAAUAAAUGA